AUGAUAGUUCAAGUAUUGGGUUAUUACUUGAGAUACCCUAAUUUUACAGAAUAUUUGGGAAUUAUGGAGCGGAUGGUUUAUUCAAUCUCAACACCAGUUUAUAGAAGCAAUUUGAUUGAUGAGCUGGAUAAGCAGAUUCUUCGUUUACUCCCAAAUAGUACCUCCAAAUCAUUUGAACUGUUAUGCAAAUGGAGAUUAGUUGUAGGUGGCUUUAAUAUUACCAUUAAAAAAAUUGUAGAAUCAGAAUCAGAAUUAAUCGUAAUUACGCAAACAGACAAUAGAAAUGAGAUUAUGAGAAUUGUGGUUGGUUUGGAAGCAGAAUUCAUAAGUGUUGAGGAAAUUGGAACUUUAAUUCUCAAAUUCGAACCACUGGAUAAUGAAUGGAGAUUUAGGAUUACGUUUGCUCUUCUCUCCUCAUUUGAGCUUGAAGAUACCCAAAAGCAUUUAAUUGGUAAUAUUAUGCUUCAAAAUUUACGCCCUUAUCUUGAAAAUAUUGACAGUCAAGGUGUUUUGCUUGUUUUAUCAUCUUUGGACAUUAUUCCACAACUCUUGAAAGAUAAUAAUGUGUGGAUAGAGUUAGUUCAUCAAUAUCAAUCAGCAAUUAAGGAAAAGUUUGAUAAAUAUGAGUGGCUUGAUGACGCAGCAGAAUACUACAGUCAAAUGUAUAAUGUAUCAAGGAUGUUAUGCAUGUCAUCAAAAGAUCAUGAAAAUAUUUAUCAGUGGGAAAGGGAUGUGGAAAGAUAA